AUGGCUUCCCGGGGAAUUUCAGGCAUCCUCGAAUCAACGAGUCUAACAUCUUUGAACGCAAUCAAUGGACCGUCAGCGUCUCUUCCACCAUUGAAAAGGCGCAAAAUAUUUCAUGCCGACGAUGUCGAACAGACUUUUUCCGCGCAGACGGUAUUUACGGUCAAGGGACACGCCUCGUCUCUGUCAGACAAUGAAUACAAAUUAGCACCGAUCGAACUCUUGCCUCGCUCGGCGUUGCCAUUCUCAUGGCUCGAUACAUCGACAGCGAUUCAAUCGAACAAUAUCUUCGCAAGCAACGAUGCAGUCUUGGAAGGGAUGUUCUUCCCUCGAAACGAUGCGGGGGUGACGGAUACCGAACCCAGCGUGCUGGCAACGCGAUCACUUUCCAAUGGUGCUAUAUACGCGGUAGAGCGUGUGAAGACGGGAAUAUUCGCAAUGACCAAACUUCAGUCACAUAUCGAGGAAGGCGAGAUUCGGGUGGCUGCAAAAGCGGCUGCUGCUAUAAACCUGAAAAGGUUCAGCAUAUGGAGUUCAAGCACAGAUCUUCCUAGGUCGAGUAACUCAACGAACGGCUGGGACUGGAGGGAAGCAGCACGAUUGCCUGACGACAUCCCCCGAUUCGACCCGUUUGCUACAAAGGGUAAAUUUGAUGCUUCUGUGGUGUUUGAGGAUUGUUCUGGCAACGAUCAUGACGCUGUGGCUGAGAGUCAGGUAUAUACUGGAGAUUCGUUCAUGGCACUUGAUGGCGUUGAGUCUGGUAUGCAGGAACAUACUCGUACUCCGCCAGAGAAUAACGUUCAAGCACCUCCGCCUGAGGCUCAAGGCGAUGCGCAAGACACAUUGCCCACGCCAGAUGUUAUCAUGGAAAAUCUGAGAACCCAGUAUCUGGAAACUCUCUAUAUCUCAAAAACAUCCGUGGCGUACUUUGCCAAAGGUCCCUUGACACGAUGCCGGAAUGCAUUUGCACAAUACAGCCCAAAAGAGGACGUCCCGAGCCUAUCCAGUCAAUACAGAGAAUCUAUUCUAUCCGUCAAAAAGAUGGACGCCAAAUAUCGAGAAACUCUCCCGGUGAUUCUUCGCAAUAUGGCAUUGUUACUAUCCGAUGAUGAGCGUCCCAAGAAGCGCAAGAGCAAGAAGAAGAAGCUAGGCAAGAACGGGCUCUACACUGGCGAAGAUGAGUUUUUACAAAAGUACUGGAAAUCGAGACAAGUGUCCAAAAAUAAGGAAGGCUUGGAAGAGUCCAAGGAUGAAGAGAUCAAACGGCACGUUUCAGAUUUGAGGUUGCGAGAGACACAGCUGCAAAUCCUUCUUAUUCUUGAGACUAUACAUUUGGAACUGACUACCGUGACACCGUCUAUUGAAGACAGUAAAGGACAAGAGAUAGGCGGGUCGAGCACAAAACGGUCAAAAUCCAAGAAAGAGGAGAACUUGAAUCUGCUCCUUGAGCUUUUCAUCGAUCGACUUUGUAUUUGGCAUGCUAUUAGUGCAGGCGAGGGUGUCAUUGCCGAGUCUCUCAAGGAGACGACCAACAAUCAUCUUUCUGGAAAGAAGAUCGAGAGCGACGCUUUGCGAGAUUUCUGCAACGAGGUCAUCAUUCCGUUCUACGCAUCGCGACUUCCAGAACAAUGCAAGACUAUCAAGAAGAAGUUGGGAGGCGCCAGCGAAGUUUCCCCAAGUCGUCCGGCGCCUAAACUAAAGGCCUCGACCUCUGCCUCUGGUUUGAAAAAUCAGUUUGGUGUCGCUAAUAGCAAAAAGACACAACCGCAACAGAAACCUCGUCGUAUGCUUCAACGAGUUCUCACCGAUGAGCAGAUAUCAGUCUCUCAACGAAGUCGUCAUCCAUCACUAUUGAGAUCAAGCACUACGCCAGCUCUACAAGAAGUCAAGCGGGAAUCAGUCGAACCGUCUCUACCAUCAUUGGGCGGCAGCGUACGGGGCGGCAUUCAGAUCGCUAGACGAGUCGACAAGCGCGAGGUUGACCUGAAUGCCGCAGCCAAAGUGCACGAGGCGAAACUCAAGAAGAUGAACACACUCAUAGAGCAAAAGAAGGAACUCGACGCUGCAAUCAAUGCGCUACGGAAACCAAAUCGUGAACUUGUUUCGAAAGAAGUCGCCGAUCAAGCCGAGAAGAGAACUUUGUCGAGCUCUCGCAAAUCCAAAAACCCAGUACGCAACCCUCUUGGACAAGGAGUACAGGUCAUGGCGACGCCGAGGGGCACAAGAAAGAAAGACAUGAGUGUUGAGCAUCAAUCUCAACCAUCUCUUCCUCGCGGUCCUUUUGCAAGACCUUCUAGUAUCAAACAGGGAGAAGGUGCAGAUGAGGCCUCUCCAGAGCUAGGAAGUGAUAUCUCCCUUGUCCCUGGCUCAACUAUUCGAACCAACACGUUGACUAGCUCGGUUACAUCCAAACGCAAAUUCAACAGUAUAACCGAAACCCCGUCUCGCGGGGUCUCGAGACGAUCCGGCCCUCUGAGUCUCAUGGAUGACCAUGAAGCUGAAGCCAUUGCAGUCAAUACACCGGCUUCUUCCAUUCCAUGCAAUAGAGCGCUGUUCAAAGUCCCCACCCUUCCAGCAAUGACGGCUCGCCCGGUUGACGAACGUCGACCAGAACCAGAAAACACUGAUAUUAAUUCAGAGGAUAAGACAUUCUCAAUUAACCAAACACCUCCAGCAAAGAACAAAAUCUUCUUUACCCAACAACAACUCUCCGCGCCAAAGGCGAUGACGACGCCUUCGUCUCCUGUGCCUGGUUUCGAGACGCCUAUUAAAGCAAAACCGAAACAAAAAGUGAUGCCACAAGAUGACUCUGCCCAGGUCGUUCAGAGUACGCCUGUAAAGUCUAUCUAUGAAGCGUUGGGCUGGGAUGACGAUGAUGACCUAGCUCUCUGA